UCUAUGUGCUAUUUAGUAUUACAUUAAAUUUUAAGCAAGGUGUUUCGUUUAGUUCGAAAACCGAAACCUUACACGUGUUAUUUUCACCUGCUUUACGAAUACGACGUCCGCCAAGUGCGCGUAUGACACAUAACUCGGUCGCUUCAAGUUCUCUUUAAUGAAAGGUCUACCGUAAACGUUUUCAAGUGCGUGUGCAGUUUUCGUUUUAGUAUCAACAACCGAAACGGUGUGUGUCGUUUUAAACGAAUUCUUUUGUAGAUAAAAAUUGAUAUCUAUCAAUUCGUUAUUAUCUCGAGUAAUUAAAUCAAUCUGUUAGAAUUAAAAUUAAGGUGAAUUCGCAAAAAUGAGGUUUCAAUUUUGUGUGUAUUUUGUAAUUUUUGGUGUUAUUGGAUUUGUAAAUUGUUUAAAAAAUGAUGAUGGUAAUGUUGAAAUUGAUUUACCACCUGCGAGUGAUAUUGAAGAAUCUGAUUUAAAGGAAAUUGAUUUGACUCCAGAAUUAUCGUUGUUGGAAAAUAUUGAGAGUGUUCCUAACACGGUGGAACCACAAGUUGUGGAUCUCCAACCCACAGAUUCUCCAUUACUUCCUAAUUAUGAGGAAGCUGAUGAUAUGGAAUAUGGGGGUUACUUCGAAAAUCGUACAGUUUAUACGUACAACGAUUCAGUUUUACUUCACGAAGAAGAAGAAUCGAAGGAGAAAUCUGAAACGAAACCACAAGCGGAAAUGAAAUUUUCUGACCCUAUCCAAAGUAACCUCAAGUAUAACGUUGAAUGGAUUGAGAGUGCAGAUGAGAACACCGUUGACAUUGACGUUGUUCGUUCGCGACCUUUAAACGUGGUUGAAACGUGGCCUUGGAUUCUUACCAUGACUGUUGUAGGGACCAUGUUCGUUCUUGUACUUGUUGGGAGUAUGAUUUGCUAUAAAUUAUUAACAAAAAGGUAUAAUAAUCGAGAAAAAUUGAUAAAUGAGGAAGAUAUGAUUGACCCUAAUGAUAUGAAAAAUUUUUCUUUAUAAAUAAGGAGAUUGAAGAGAAUAAAGGAGGCGAAAUAGAUUAUUUGUUCCUCGUUCAAAAAAAUUUUUUUUGUGAAUUGUGUUGUAAAAUAUUCUCUUAACUUUAAGUCAUAAUUGUAAUUAUACUGUAACAAUCAAUCAAUUAUUAGGUAGUAUUUAAAAAUAAAACCAUAAAAGAA